AUGUCGCAGUCAGCGACGUGCCAACUGAAUGAGGAAUCACUUCUGUGGGCGCAGAAACAUCGUAUUUGCAGCCCUCGCAUUGUCGAUGAGGGCUGCAAAGACAUCGACUGCGUCAACGGCAUUGCAGUCAAUGGCAACGGCACCCUACGUUACCUACACAACCACCGCAAUUCAAGUGAACAACGUGGCAACAACGGACUGUUUCCACUCGCACCUCGUUGCCCUCCUCUCCAUCUGCGAAGUUUCUUUUUCCAGGGCUCAAAUCUCGUGCUUGGGGCAUCGUGUCGUAUGUUCAUUCGCACCAAGUUCAUCGUCACCUACGUCAACGGCUUAACCAGCACCCUAUGUCUCAUCUCAAAUUCAUCGCCAUUCGCUUGCUUAUCACUCCCUCUUUCCAACACGUUACUCCAUCAACGACGUCCUUCGUCGCCUGUCAACGAUGUCCAUACCCUGUCAACGAGUCCGUUCACCUAUCACUCUCCCUUUCCAACAAUGACACUCCUCCUUUCCAAGAUGUUUAGCUCCGGUGUGAUAUCAUGUAGUUUCCUUGCGCUGCGUCGAGUAGUCCUGUAG